UCUUUUCCCACAUCUACUUUGUCCAAACUAUUUUUUCCCACAAAUUCAUCCAGCGCACAUUCCCAUCUAUUCGCGAUGGCAUUUUCAGGCGUUGGUCAAGGUAUAGGUACCUACGACCGUACCGAACAAACAUCCGGCGCUUCACUAGGCCGCGUCACAUCCAGAGCCCAUUUCACAGAUGUUCACCCUAACGACAACCUUCCAGCUCAAACUGGAGAACAUUGUGCUCGCGACGUUGGCCAUCUUGCUCGGCAACUCACUCGACAAUCUGUAGCGGCUGCCGAUGACUCGGCCGCUAUAUUUUCGUACCAAGAAGGCUCGGAUCUUGACCCUUUUUCCGAAAAGUUCAAUGCUAAGAAAUGGACAAAAUUGAUGUUUGAGGCCUCUCAGAGUUCUGGUCCGGGGAGAAAAGCCGGCUUGUCAUUCAGGAAUCUUGAUGUUCAUGGUUUUGGAUCCGAUGCUGACUACCAAAAGACCGUCGGUAACCUCCCACUCGUCGGUAUCGGCGCUCUCAGAGAUUUGAUCGGUAACCGCAAACGCAAGGUCCAAAUCCUAAACAGUAUGGAUGGUGUACUAGAAGCGGGUGAAAUGCUCGUCGUCCUUGGUCCUCCCGGAAGUGGUUGUACGACAAUGCUCAAGACUAUUGCUGGAGAGAUGAACGGUAUCUACUUGGAUGAGUCUUCCUCACUUAACUAUAGAGGUAUCACUCCGAAGCAAAUUUACGGUCAAUUCCGAGGCGAAGCUAUCUACACUGCUGAGGUCGACGUUCAUUUCCCCAAUCUUACUGUCGGUCAAACAUUAUCUUUCGCUGCUGAAGCUCGAGCCCCUCGAAAGCCUCCUGGAGGCAUCUCGAAGAAGGAAUACGCCAAGCACAUGCGAGAUGUCGUCAUGUCUGUCUUUGGCAUUUCCCACACUCUGAACACUAUCGUCGGCAACGACUUCAUUCGUGGCGUCAGUGGUGGCGAGCGAAAACGAGUAACUAUUGCCGAGGCCUCCCUUGCCGGCGCUCCCCUCCAAUGUUGGGACAACUCCACCCGUGGUCUUGACUCUGCCAACGCCAUCGAAUUCUGCAAAAACCUCCGUCUGAACUCCGAUUACAUCGGCAUCUCCUCAGCCGUCGCUAUCUACCAAGCUCCCCAAGCCGCUUACGACUGUUUCGACAAGGUCUCCGUCCUUUAUGAAGGCGAGCAGAUUUUUUUCGGCAAGGCCACCGAAGCGAAGCAGUUCUUUGUCGAUAUGGGAUUUCACUGCCCUUCUCAGCAGACCGUCCCCGACUUUCUCACAUCACUCACCAGUGCAAGCGAACGUACACCACGAGAAGGGUUCGAAGGCAAGAUACCCACCACCCCGCAAGAGUUUGCCACGCGAUGGAAACAGAGCGACAAAUAUCAGGAGCUUUUGGCACAGAUUGCCGAGUUUGAGAACAAGUACCCCGUUCAUGGCGAGAAGUAUCAAGAGUUUUUGCAAUCAAGACGGGCUCAGCAGUCCAAGCGUCUCCGACCCAAAUCUCCUUACACCCUUUCGUACGGCGGCCAAGUCGAGCUUUGCCUUCGAAGAGGUUUCGACCGUCUUCGUGCGGAUCCCAGUCUGACUCUUACUCAACUGUUUGGUAAUUUUAUCAUGGCUCUUAUUAUCGGUUCAGUCUUCUAUAACCUUCCUGCGACUACGAGCAGUUUCUACUCACGAGGUGCUUUGCUAUUUUUUGCUAUUUUGAUGAGCGCUUUCGGAUCUGCUUUGGAAAUCCUUAUCCUCUACGCCCAACGAGGCAUCGUCGAGAAGCACUCCCGUUACGCCUUCUACCACCCUUCCGCCGAAGCCGUCGCCUCUGCUCUUACCGAUAUUCCUUACAAGGUCGUCAACUGUAUCAUCUUCAGCUUGACCUUGUACUUCAUGACCAAUCUCCGACGUGAACCUGGGCCGUUCUUCUUCUUCAUGCUCAUCAGUUUCACUCUUACGAUGGUCAUGUCCAUGCUCUUCCGAUCGAUCGCCUCCCUCAGUCGAUCUCUCACCCAAGCUCUUGCCCCUGCUGCUCUCCUCAUCCUUGCCCUCGUCAUGUACACUGGUUUUGCCGUUAACGUGGCCAACAUGCGCGGCUGGGCUCGAUGGAUGAACUGGCUCGACCCUAUUGCUUACGGCUUCGAAUCUCUCAUGAUCAAUGAGUUCCAUGGCAGGGAGUAUGAAUGCGCGGCGUUUAUCCCGAUGGGUCCCGGAUACGAGGGUGCAACUGGUCAACAGCUCGUUUGUUCCACGGCGGGUGCUGUUGCGGGUUCUUCUGUGGUUAAUGGUGAUGACUACAUCAACUUAUCAUACGAAUAUUACCACGCGCACAAGUGGAGGAACUUUGGUAUCUUGAUCGGGUUUUUCCUUUUUUUUUCCGCUAUUUACAUAUCUGCUACUGAAUUUAUUACCGCCAAGAAAUCGAAAGGUGAAAUCCUCGUCUUCCCUCGAGGCAAGAUCCCGCGCGCCCUCCUUGCUCAGUCCACUCACUCCCACGGCUCAUCCGACGACGUCGAAGGCGGCAAGUUUGCCGGUGGUUCUAAAAUGAAGAAAGAAAUCACCGGUGCUGACCGAGCUGACGCUGGGAUCAUCCAGAGGCAGACUGCUAUCUUCUCUUGGAAAGAUGUGGUUUAUGAUAUCAAGAUCAAGAAGGAGCCAAGAAGGAUUUUGGACCACGUGGAUGGAUGGGUCAAACCCGGUACUUUAACUGCUCUUAUGGGUGUUUCUGGUGCGGGCAAGACUACUCUUCUCGAUGUGUUGGCCACCCGGGUUACUAUGGGUGUAGUUACCGGUGAAAUGCUCGUCGACGGCCGACAAAGAGACAUCUCGUUCCAGCGAAAGACCGGCUACGUUCAACAGCAAGAUCUUCAUCUUGAAACUAGCACUGUCCGAGAAGCCCUCCGGUUCAGCGCUGUUCUUCGACAGUCGAACACUAUCAGCAUCAAGGAGAAAUAUGAGUAUGUGGAAGAAGUAUUGAAGCUUUUGGAGAUGGAAAGUUACGCCGACGCGGUCGUUGGUGUGCCCGGUACUGGUCUCAAUGUCGAACAGCGAAAGCGGCUCACCAUUGGUGUUGAGCUUGUCGCCAAGCCUGCCCUUCUUCUCUUCCUCGACGAACCCACCUCCGGUCUCGAUUCCCAAACCUCCUGGAACAUUCUUCUUCUCCUUCGAAAGCUCACUGAACACGGUCAAGCUAUUCUCUGUACCAUCCACCAACCCUCCGCAAUGCUUUUCGAACAGUUCGACCGUCUCCUCUUCCUCGCUAGAGGUGGUAAGACGGUCUACUUUGGCGAGGUUGGCAAGGGAUCUCAUAUCCUCAUUGAUUACUUUGAGCAGAACGGUGCUCCCAAGUGCCCAGAGGGCGAAAACCCGGCAGAAUGGAUGUUGGCUGCUAUUGGUGCUGCGCCCGGCUCCCAUUCUGAUGUCGAUUGGCACCAGGCAUGGAUUAACAGCCCUGAACGAGUCGAAGUCCGCCGUGAGCUUGCAAGGAUCAAGGAGACUCAAGGCGGUAAGGGUGAAGCGGCUCUGCAGAACAAGGAUCAGGAAAAGAGCAAGUCGGAAGUCAAGGCGGAAUAUGCAGAAUUUGCGUCACCCUUGUGGAAACAGUUUAUUGUUGUGUUGACGAGGGUUUGGCAACAACACUGGAGGACGCCUAGUUAUAUUUGGUCCAAGGCUGCUUUGUGUGCUUUGUCUGCCCUUUUCAUUGGAUUCAGUUUCUUCAAGGCCGGUACUUCCCAGCAAGGCUUGCAGAACCAGUUGUUCUCCGUUUUCAUGAUGUUCACAAUCUUCGGUCAACUCACCCAACAAAUCAUGCCCAACUUUACCACUCAGCGAAGCUUGUAUGAGGUCCGAGAAAGACCUUCAAAGGCGUACUCUUGGAAGAUCUUUAUUUUGAGUAACAUCGUCGCGGAAAUUCCUUGGGCUAUUCUCAUGGGCGCCGUCAUCUACUUUACCUGGUAUUAUCCCAUUGGUUACUACCGCAACGCCAUCCCUACCGACGCUGUCCAUCUUCGAGGUGCGCUCAUGUUUUUGUACAUUGAGAUGUUCUUGAUCUUCAACGCUACUUUUGCGAUCAUGAUUGUGGCGGGUAUCGCGACGGCUGAAACUGCUGGUAACAUUGCGAACCUUUUGUUUUCCAUGUGUCUCAUCUUCUGCGGUGUUUUGGCCCCUCCUUCCUCCCUCCCCGGUUUCUGGAUGUUUAUGUAUCGUGUCUCACCAUUCACCUACCUUGUUGAAGGGAUGCUCAGUACUGCUGUCGCCGACACCAAUGUCGUCUGUUCCGACAUCGAGCUUCUCACAAUGAACCCUCCUUCCGGCCAGUCUUGUGGCGACUACAUGUCAACUUAUAUCAGUAAUUACGGGGGAUAUUUGGUGAAUGAGAAUGCAACGACGGCGUGCGAGUUCUGUUCUAUGAGCAGUACUAACACUUUCUUGGCACAAUUCAGCAUUUACUACAGCAACAAGUGGAGAGAUUUUGGUCUGUUGUGGGCAUACGUCGUGUUCAACAUCAUUGCGGCUGUAGGUAUCUAUUGGCUUGCUCGUGUACCCAAGAACACUGGCAAAGAACAAGCAUCUGAACCGGAGGACGUACAGGAGAAGCUGGUUCCUGCACAGUCUACUGAGAAGAAACCUGAGUCGGUGUCUCGAGGCUCCCAGUCUACCGCGGCGUAAAAUUGGAAGACAAGAAAAUAGGAGGUUAUGAUCGUUAUGUUUUGAAAGUCUUAGAAAGUAGAAUGAGUACACGUGUAUUUAGUUUUCUCAUCUAUCUGCAGCUGAUUAUAUAUCUGCAUGGACAUUGGUA